CCCGGUCAGUAACUGGUCGGGGAAGUGGCAGUAGAAGAGAACCCGCUUGACUCGCCGGCACAACCUGAGCACGGGGAUGCAGGCCGACACCUGGUCGCAAAAAACCACAUCGAACUCGGCGCCGCUGAGAAAGACCAGGCGGUGUAAGGGCUCCAACUCAGUGGAAGGGGUCCUGAGUUGUGUGUCGUGGCCACAUUGAGAGCAGCGGCUCGAGCGGAGCGGACCUUGGGGGCUUGAGUGAAGCGGAACGAGCGGCGUCAACAUGCCUGGACCUGCUGCAAGUGCAACAAAUGUCGGUGCCUCUAGCCGAUCGCCCAGCAAGGCUGUAGCACCCCGGGCUGCUGGUGGUGGAUCCACAGUGAGGCAGAGGAAAGCUACUAGCAGUGCAGUGAGCCGUGCUGGGCGAACCACUUCAACAGGCACUGGGGGUAUGUGGCGAUUCUACACAGAGGAUUCUCCUGGGCUUAAAGUUGGGCCUGUUCCAGUGCUUGUCAUGAGUCUACUGUUCAUCGCUUCAGUAUUUAUGCUGCACAUCUGGGGCAAGUACACCCGCUCAUAGACAAGAAUUCAGCUUCAACUUAAUGCAUUCAUUCAUCCUGGACCAAAUGCCUAUUUUUAUGAGAACUGAAUUCUGACGCAUUAAACCUCACCUUUCACUAAUGAAGAUUCAAGUAAAGAUCCUCUCAAAUGCACUGGGUGUAGUGGCUCGAUCUGUAGUCCUAAUUUUCACGAAGUGCUGUCUUUGUGUUGGAUUUUGAAAUCUUUGAAAGUCUCUUUCCUAUGUUUGUUUUACCUUUUUUGUAAAACAUCUCACUAAUGUUCAGAAAUAAAAAAGGUUGUUACUUG